AUUAAGUUGGGACCUCCCUUCGUCAAAUAUCGCCGUAACAGUAUUCCGUUAUUUCCUAUCUAUCUAGUUUUUACUACUAUCAUCUUCCUUAUCUUUCUUCUCCUUCCUCAUCCAUCCUUCAUCUUCUCUAUAUCUCUCUAAAAGUUUCACCAACUCGUGCUUCAAAGUAGUACCUUUAGAAACCAAAUAUUCUUCUUUCUUUCUUUCUUUCCCCAGUAACAAAAACCUCUUUUUUUUUCUCUCUCUUCUUUCUAUAGAGAGAAAAACACAGUCAUUUUGUACUCUGUGCUAACUCUUACCAUUACAUUUGAAAGCUUCAAUUUGAAGCUCUUCUUUUCUUUCCACAACUUUAUAAUCUUCUUUCUUUUUCUUUAUUCCUCGAGUCUCACCGAAUCUCUUUUUUUUUUUGCCUUCUCUAUAUCACGCUCAUUUCGCACGCCCUCUUCUUCUCCCUCUCUUUUUGUUCUCUCUCUUCUUCUUCUUCUCCUUUAAAUGUAAAACAAGAAAACAAAAAACCAUACAAAAAUGGAGUCUCAUAUAUUUCCUUCUUCUAUUAAAUUCACAGAGCAUAAAAAUCAUACUAUUCUUGUUCAUAAACAAAUUCGAACUAAAUCAUCAUCUCAAAAUAAUUAUUAUCCAAAAAUUGUUAGAAUCUCUGUUACUGAUGCUGAUGCUACUGAUUCUUCUGGAGAAGAAGAUGAACAAAACUCUAGUUAUAACUUUCAACGACGUCGUCGUCGUAUUAAGAGGUUUAUUAACGAGGUUAACAUUGAACCUUGUUCUACUUCUUCUGCUUUUUCAACUACUACUGAACCUGAAUACGCUGUUUUACCUGCUAAUAACGGCGUCGAUUUAAAAAGGCCUAAGAAGAAAAAGAAGAAAUGUUCUCCUGUGAAACAGGUAUUACAUGGUCAUGGUGGGAAGAAGUUUAGAGGUGUGAGACAAAGACCGUGGGGAAAAUGGGCGGCUGAGAUUAGAGAUCCGUUGCGACGUGUACGGUUGUGGUUAGGCACGUAUGAUACAGCUGAAGAAGCUGCUAUGGUGUAUGAUAACGCUGCUAUUCAACUUCGUGGACCCCAUGCUCUCACUAAUUUCUCCACUCCACCACCUCCACCACCACCUACACCUAAGAAGCUUUCUCUCUCCUCCACGUCAUCGUCAGAUUACGACGAUGGGUCCCACCUCCACACUCCAUCCAUCUACUCACCUACCUCUGUACUCCGCUUUCAGCCCGAGCCCGAACCCGAGCCCGUGAGCCCGAGGGUGGAGCCCGUAUUAGUGAAGGAGGAGAAAUUACAAGAAUGCCAGCCGUUGGGACCCACGCCAACUACUUCGUCGUCGUCGUCGCCUUACGUGUCGUGUUUUGAUUCGUUGUUCCCGAGUGACUUUUUUGAUUUUGAUGGUACAGUACCCGACUUGUUUGAGGAUUCGGGUUUUGGGAGUGAGGAUGGACACGUGUUCGGUCACGAUUGUAAUGCGGAUAUGUUAUUUAACGGUGGUGAUGAUCAUGAUGAUUUUGGUUUGUUCGGGUCAUCGGGUUUGUCAAGUCAUGAUUAUUUUCCGGAUAUUGGAGAUAUAUUUGGGUCCGACCCACUUGUUGCUAUAUGAGUUUUGAUUUAUUUUAUUUUAUUUUUCUUCUCUUUUUAGUGCUUUUUCCGAGUUUUUUUUGCAAGUAAUUUUGCAAAAAGAAGGUUUUGUAAACGGCGGGAACGAGUUAAAGCUAUUUUUGUUUUAUUAUUAAUUUUAUUUAUAUUUGUUUGUUUAAAUUUUAAAUAUGUUAAUUAUGUGUUUAGAACUUGUAUUAUGUAAUCUAUUAUCAUCAAGUGUAUUUAUCAUAAGUACGUAGUUUUGUCAUAUUAAUGACAUUUUC